GGCUUGACCAACACCCGGGCAGCCGAGAUCCUGGCCCAGGAUGGCCCCAACGCCCUCACCCCGCCGCCCACCACCCCGGAGUGGGUCAAGUUCUGCCGCCAGCUGUUUGGGGGGUUCUCCAUCCUCCUGUGGAUCGGGGCCCUUCUCUGCUUCCUGGCCUACAGCAUCCAGGCGGUCAUGGAGGAAGAGCCGGCCAAUGACAACCUGUACCUGGGCGUGGUGCUGGCAGCCGUGGUCAUCGUCACCGGCUGCUUCUCCUACUACCAGGAAGCCAAGAGCUCCAAAAUUAUGGACUCCUUCAAAAACAUGGUGCCUCAG